GGGGCUCCUCCCCUGCGGCCCCCCAGCGCCAGUCCCGUGCACGGAUGGGCAUGUGUCUGCCCUGCAGCCCGGCGCCUCCUGCGCCCCAGGAGUGCGGGGUCCCGCAGAAACCGGAGCGGCCUUGUGCGGCCUUCGGUCACGGAGCGACUCUCGCACGCAGGGUCCGAGCGGAUCCGCCGCCUGGGUGUUGCAUUCCUGCUGUGUGUCCCCAGCGAGUGGCGCCGGGAACCGCAUCGCCAUAAUAGACUUUCUUUUUUUCUUGAAGUUUUGUAAAAAUUAAUCGGAAAAAUUAAUGGCAUGCUCCUAAACAUUUCAAGGUUGACGCCAGUCUCAGAAGGGACUGCUCUGCAUCGUGAUGCCUCUUACACUGAGUUGUAUCCGUAAUGCUGAAGUACUGAAUAAAAUAUAUUAUGUAUGUAUGGUUUUUCUUCUUUUUUUCUUCCUUUAUAGGAGAUAUUUUAAACCUACAGGUCUAUUAUCCUUGGGAGUUCCUUUCCAGCUCUCCUUGCAGAACAGUUGUUUUCCCGUUAAUGACAUCAGGAGUUACCUACUGGGUGAUCAAGUCUUUGAAGCAGCUGGGCAUGUGUUCAAGUUGCAUCAACAGCUACACCCUUCUUGUAUCACCUCGCCUUCUCUUUACAAUCUUUUCUUUUAUACUCGACUACUGUGUUUAUCGUUUAGCUCCUUUCUGGGAAGCGGAUCCGUGGAAAGCACUAGUACUUCUUGCCGGAUCGUAUGUCACUCUGGUAUUUUAUACGAGAACGUUUACCAACACGCUUGAAGGACUUCUCUUUGCUCUUCUGAUGCUAUUGGUUUCCUCGAGAAAGUCUGACAGCAGCUUAGUGGAGCCUACAAGCAGCCCUCUCAUAGGUAUUAUAACAACUGCAGGGUUUUUCAACAGGCCAACCUUUUUGGCAUUUGCUCUAAUGCCCCUGCUUUACUGGGCUGGUUUAAUUGUUGACUCUCAAAAGAGCAUUAAAACUGUCAUAAACCACUUGUUGAAGCUUGUCCUAUGUGCAUGUUUUACUGCCGUUGUUUUUGUAACAGCCGACACCUUCUAUUUUACCUCCAUAGGCUUAGACAGCCUCUACAGCAUUAAAAAGAGCAGCCUAUUUGAUGUAAUAGGCCAAUUAAAUGAGAAAGUGAUAGUAACGCCUUUCAAUUUUCUGAGCUAUAAUCUUAAUCCUCGUAACCUUGCACUGCAUGGAAGUCACCCACGAGUUACACAUUUUACAGUCAACGGAAUAAUGCUCUUUGGGAUUUUGCAUAUUCUGGCCAUUGGUGCUGGUUUUAAAAUGCUGAAGAAAUACAUCCACCAAUUAAUAUGGGUCAAAUCACAUUACCAUCGGUCGUCUGGGCUGUUAGUGCAUUCUGAGGGCAAUCCAACAUUACUGCUGUUCUAUUUUGUUCCUUUGGCGUUUCUCUCACUAUUCAGUCACCAAGAACCUCGGUUUCUCAUUCCUCUCAUCUUGCCUUUAGUCCUGUUCAGCACGUCACAGAAUAGAGCUGCGAAGUGGAAACACAUCAUUAUUAUUUUCAACAUUCUUGGGGCUUUGCUCUUUGGGUGCUUACACCAGGGAGGACUGAUACCAUGUUUGCUUCACUUGGAGCAACUCAUGCAUUCUCCGGACUCCUCAAACCAGCCAAGUCACUAUAGGCUAGUCUUUGCUCACACCUACAUGCCUCCCAGGUCUCUGCUUAAUAUCAAGAAGAGAGACACACAUGUAGAAGUCAUUGAUAUGGCAGGGUCUGAAGAAGAAACCCUCUGCCAAACAGUAGAGCAGCAAGUAAACAAUUUUAUCUGCAAUGACUGUCAUGUUUUUGUUAUAAUCCCUGGUACGGUCAGAGCCACAAUUACAAAAUGUGGUGUCUCAUUCAAGAACGAGACUUUGAUAUUUCCACACUUAUCAAUGGAAGACCCACCACAACUAUCCUUCCUAUUCAGUGGAAAUUGGAGAAGUCAGUUAGGACUGUACAUCCUUCAGCUAGACAGGGAUCAGCAGAGCCUUUAGAUUCUAGAACAAUGGUUUUUCACUUCACUCGGGUGCUGCCCAAGGUGCUGCGAGACCUCUUCAGCACAAGCAGUGACACUGGGAGCUCCUGAGUCUCUUUAUUCCCUUUCUUCAUGCUCUUGCACUCACCAGUAUAGCCAGUUCUAGAUGGAAUCUGCUUAAAAUGUGAGUUAUUCAGCCCCUAUGGUGUUUCGUAUGAACUUGUGUAAUUUUCCUAAUGAGAGAGGAUGAAAUCAAAGCCUACCAAAACUGUCAUUCAAGCUUAGCUCCUCCCAUGUGAGGCUUAUUUUUGAAAGUUCUUAUAAUCUGUGACAGGGGGGUUGUGUGGUAAAAACUGAUAACGGGCAUUAACUCAGCUGCUGGAGAGAGGUUACAGGAAUAGACAAAAGUUGGUCUUAGGUUUUAUUUUUACACUCUUCAAUUUUGGAGCAUCCCUGCACUCAUUAGACCAGACUGCGGUCACAAUAUAGGCACCGAUGCCGUGAUACUGUCUGAUCUGGCUCUUAGGUGGCUCUGUCUUGAAAAAUCCCCACUGUUGAUCUGACAGUAUCUGAUUUAGAACAUAGAAGGUGCUUCAGCAUCAGUACUUGUGCUAAAUUGUAAAAUCCAAGGUUUAUUUUGCCUAUUUAGUCUUUAUUGCCACAGUUCUGUUACAUCAGCUUGAGAGCACUGUAUUGUGAUGGCUUUAAGCCUGUCUGUUGUCUAGCUGUGCAAAGGGGGCAGCCCUUCCCUUGCGCACUGCCGCUGCACGUCUCGCAGCUCUCAUGGCUCUGCCGUGGCUCUGACACCAGCAGUGGGGCACAGCAGCCCCCACAGUGAGCUGCUUCAAGGCGCCACGCAGACAGAAAACAGGUGACUCACAAGGACUUGAUCCUUUGCAGGCGUUUGACCAGAUGGAUUUCCAAACUGGCUUACCACAGGGUCAGAGAUCCACCAGUUCUGUUGCAGGGGAGCAUGUGAGGAUCCGAGGAGGAAGCCACUCCCCUGUGACACCCCCCACCCCCCCCUUUCAGUAACAGCUCUCCAUUAAAUCAGCUUAGUCAGAACGACAGAUCCCAUCCUCCCUCUCUGUGGGAGAGCAGUCUGCUCUUAAAGUGGGAUACAAAUAACCUCGAGCUUCAGCUGAGAAAGAUGUAUAUGCCUAACAGUGUAGCACAACUAAGAAUUUUUGUUUUGCCUGCAUGAACUUCUGGAUACAAAACAUCCCGACAGGGAGGGAGAUACUAAUUUGCCAUGUGCACUGUAGGUCAAGUCUCUGAAACAAAUCUGAUACUUGAGUUCUUUCUGCUUGCAAAGACAAUAACGCUUUUUCCAGUUCUUCAUCCACACAACUUUAUGUAAGGUCUCAUGAGCCAGGUUUUCAACACAGUCAAGAAUAUUAUAGCUUGAUGCCAGGCUCUGCAGGGAAGCUAGGAAAAAUCCCUGUGUGAAGGAUUUGCCUGUGUCUUCCAAACUAUAUGUACAAUGUAGAUUUUUAGGAAACAUAGCUCUUGUUCUCUUGUAAAGCAUUUUGUGUUGUCUCCCCUACAUGCUUGUCCCGCAUUCUUCAUCCCUCAUUACUGACAGACCUGUAAAUUAAAGGUGCAUGU